AGAUUCUUCCCCGAACCGCCUAUAUUGAUUUGUAGUCGACUUGGAACUGGCACGCCCGCCAUAAAAUGGCUUUCCUGUAGAUGAAAUAAAGCUCUGCAGCGCCGGCCCGUUAGCUGCCCCGCGCUCCCCACGUGCGACAGAUGGUGCAGUCCGUCCACGGAAGAGCUGCGGCUGCGGCGCUGACAGUUUGCGGUGUUCCUCCGUGUCGCUGAAAGGGAAGCUUCUGCUGGCUCGUUGCGGCUGAGCUGGGGGCAUUUCUUCGCUGUCAGGUGAUAUAGGGGCGACGGGGAGGGGGCUUCCCCCCACCAUACCAACCCCAGUUUUCUCUCCAAGGUUGUUUGUAGCCACCCGACGCAAGCUCGUCGUCGAUUGCGCUCCGGGUUCCUUCGAUGCGGCGCGGCGUACGUAACAUGGGCAAGGAGCAAGCGCGGUUUGAUUGCGGGGUUCUCUGUUGUGCUCUGUAGCAUCGGCGCUCACAGCGAGUCGAAUUGGACCCGAUCUCUGCAGUGCCUUUCGAGUAUUUUGAAGAGUCCUAGAUAUCUAGCUACUGCGACGGCUACAUAGCCUAUGCGUUUUAGCCAAACGCAGGGGUCGUCUACGGUGAUAUUGGGCUGCACGGGAUCGGUAUAUUUAGACCUACGUGUACAUUUUAUUUUUGCUGGUCACGUCUUCGUACGGACCAUGGACUGACUUGUGCGCGGGGGCAAUACUCGACAGCAGUGUUUUCUUUUGUGUAUAAAUGAUAGAAGAUACAAUGACACUGUUGUCUCUUUUGGGUCGGAUCAUGCGUUAUUUCUUACUCAGGCCAGAGACCUUGUUUCUGCUAUGCAUAAGCUUGGCUCUUUGGAGUUACUUUUUCCACACGGACGAGGUGAAGACCAUCGUCAAGUCCAGCCGAGAUGCCGUGAAGAUGGUGAAGGGAAAAGUGGCGGAGAUCAUGCAGAACGACAGGCUCGGCGGUCUGGACGUGCUGGACGCGGAGUUCUCCAAAACCUGGGAAUUCAAGAGCAACAACGUCGCGGUGUAUUCCAUCCAGGGUCGGCGGGAUCACAUGGAAGACCGCUUUGAAGUCCUCACCGAUGUUGUCAACAAGAGCCACCCGUCCAUAUUUGGAAUUUUCGACGGCCACGGCGGUGAAGCAGCGGCGGAGUAUGUGAAGACCCGUCUGCCCGACGUCCUGAAGCAGCACCUGCUCUCCUACGAGAAGGAGAAGGAGAACAGCAUCCUGUCCUACCCUUCCAUCCUGGAGCAGCACAUCCUGUCCGUCGACAAGGAGAUGCUCGACAAGCUCUCCGCCUCCUACGACGAAGCAGGUACUACCUGUCUGAUCGCGCUGCUCUCGGAUAAGGAGCUGACCGUGGCUAACGUGGGUGACUCCCGCGGCGUUCUGUGCGAUAAGGACGGGAACGCCAUCGCGUUGUCCCAUGAUCACAAGCCCUAUCAGCUGAAGGAGCGCAAGCGGAUCAAACGCGCAGGGGGCUUCAUCAGCUUCAACGGCUCGUGGCGGGUGCAGGGCAUUCUGGCGAUGUCGCGCUCGCUGGGCGACUACCCGCUGAAGAACCUGAACGUGAUCAUCCCCGACCCGGACGUGCUGGCCUUCGACCUGGACAAGCUGCAGCCCGAGUUCAUGAUCCUGGCGUCGGACGGGCUGUGGGACGCCUUCAGCAACGAGGAGGCGGUGCGCUUCAUCAAGGAGCGGCUGGACGAGCCGCACUUCGGCGCCAAGAGCAUCGUGCUGCAGUCCUUCUACCGCGGCUGCCCCGACAACAUCACCGUCAUGGUCGUCAAGUUCAAGAACAGCAGCAAGGCCCCGGAGCCGUGAGAACGGGGCCCACGCGUCCACGCGGUUUCCACGGCCGUCGGGAAAGCCCCGCUUUCAGAGCAAGAACUCUUUCUGUCUUCGGUUUUACAACGUCUACCCCCAUAGCUCCCCGUGGCGCACACACACACACACACACUCACACACUCACACACACACACGCUCACACUCACCCUCACACUCACUCACAGACACAGGCUCACACAUUUGAUUUUCCAUUUUCGUUUAAUACAUUCUGGAAUAGCCUGAAGCUGUUUUAGAAAAUAAAUGCCCACGCAUCAGGUUUGAAAUAAAUGGAGGAUCUGAUUUGUGGCCUGACUCAUUAAACAGGUGUGUACUCUGAACAAACAUAACCCCCUCAUUUAGCACCACUGAUUGGUUGGCUAAUCUGUGGUUAGAGAGCGGAUUGGGUGGCACAAAGCUGGUGUAAUUGCUGCUUGUGCUGCUUGUGUCUAGCAGGGUUCUGGGGGGAAAUGUUAGUUUCCUCAGAUCUCAAUACCCCGGAGCAAUAUCGCUCAUUGAGGUUUAAAUGUCUAGCCCCUGUAGUACUACUUUCAACAACAUCUCCAUUUUAACUGACAUUUCAGAGGCCCUUCCCAGCAUUCCCUGCUCUCUGAGGGGAGAUGGGAGAUUAAUGAGCCUUAAUAAUAAACCCCAAACACACACACACACACACACACACACACACACUCACUCUCUCUGACACACACACACACACACACUCACACACACAUACUCUCUCUCUCUCUCACACACACACAGACACACUCACACACUCACUCUCUCUGACACACACACACACACACACACACACUCACACACACAUACUGUCUCUCUCUCACACACAGACACACUCACACACUCACUCUCUCUGACACACACACACACACACACACUCUCUCUCUCACACACACACACAGACACACUCACUCUCUCUGACACACACACACACACACACACACACUCUGACACACUUGUGCAGUGUGUAGUUAUCAGCAGAGAUCAGGCUGCAGGCUGAAUUGGAGCCCCUCCCCUGGGCCACAUCCAUCCUGUACAGACUGAGCUUCAUCUGGGGGGACUAAUGUUACUGUGACACUUCCUCAGCAUCUCCUCCCUCUCUCUCUCCCUCCCUCUGUCUCCUCCCUCACUCUCUCCCUCCCACUGUCUGCUCUCCCUCUCUCUCUCUCUCUCCCCCUCCCUCUGUGUCUUCCUCUCUCCCUCUCCCUCCCACCGUAUGCUCUCUUCCUCUCUCUCCCUCUCUCUCCCUCUCUCUGCUCUCUCAGCUCUCUCACACACACACCUCACUGCUGACAGCCCCUUCACAGUGUCUGUGUUAUUAUGCUCAACUGAAAUGGGACGUUUCUUUUGGGCAAAUGCUAAAAGGACUGGUCAAAUUAACCCCCCCCCCCCCCAAAAAAAAAUAAAAAAAAUACAGAGAACAGCGCCAACAAUUAGGCUCUUCUCUGAUCCAUUACGGUGUGUGUGUGUGUACGUAUCUGUGUGUGUGAGAGAGAGAGAGUUAAUGUGUGCAUCUGUGUGAGAGUGAGUGUGAGAGAGUGAGUGAGAACGUGUUCGCUUGUGUGUGUUGUCAGGGGACACCGUCCUCAUCAUUAACCUGCGCCUGUGCUCUGCGUUCCGUGUCUGUCUCCCUGUCCGUCCUCCUGUCUGUCUCCCUGUCCGUCCUCCUGUCUGUCUGUCUGUCCGUCCUCCUGUCUGUCUGUCUGUCCGUCUGUCCUCCAGAGCAGUUGCUGGGGUCGGGGUGUUCCGCUGCCGUACAGAAGAUUGAUCUGCUCCGUGAUACAUGCACUAAAAUGACUGAAAGCUUGUUUUAAUGGGCAUUCUCCUUUUGUUAUUAUGCAAAAACAAAUUUUAAAUUGGUACUAAACAUUGCAAUUCUCUGCUUCUAAUAGCAGAAAUACUAAUAAUUAAAUUUCUACCAACAAGCGAAGUGGGAAAGAGAUCCAUCUGCGUUGCCAUGACAUUUAGACCCCACCGCUUCCUCUCUGCUUCGCCAUUCACGCAUUACAGUGUGCUUCAAUGCCAUUGGCUCAUUUCUAGGACCCUGAUUAGCCCUGCUCGAGGGCCGCAUCACUGUUACGGACAGGCUGAUUGGCCAUUCAUAGCAGUGUUCCAUUUGGGUCUGGAUACUAUUCCGGAGUUCUGCCUGCCAUUCCUUGAUCAGCACAACAGUGCAUUAAGUAUUAAAAAAAGAUGUCCGCCCUGUUAAUGCCAGUGCAGAGACUGGUCUUAUCUGGUAAUAUAGGCAUGCAUGCUGUCUAAUCACUGAUGAUCUCUGAUCCCAAAUAAUCUAAAAUUACAAAUAAUCUCUAAUUACGAAUAAUCACACAUUUCUCACUAAUUCAUCCUGAGCUGGAAUGGGCUCUGUUAUAGAGGCCAGGUGUGUUUCCCUCCCAGAUGAGGAGCCAGGCAGAUUACUGUGGUUCUGCUCUCCUGUGUACACGCCGUCCUGGAUCAGGAUUAAUCGGGGUCUGAGAAGCUUUUUGAGAUAGGUUCCACUGCCUGCUGUGUUUGAAAUAUGUACUUGCUGCCUUAUUUUUUAAAAUAUAUUUUCUGCAGUUAUAAUUCUUUGCCAAAAGUAAAGAUUUCAUGGUUUCUAGUGUAACAUAGUUGAAAAACGCCAUCCACAUCAUAUAUGGAUAUCAUAUUUUACCUGUAGAAUAGCAUAUCUACAGUGGUCUCUAAGAGACGGAUAGCGAAUGUACAUAGUCCACCCUAUCAUCAUAGUCCCUUUGCAUCAGAUAUGUAAUAAAGCCAAGCAUAAACACCCUGGUUGACAUGAAAAAAGCGUAUUAGUGACUAGCAUUCGUAGGUUAUGUGCUUUUUUUUUUUGGUUGUAUAUUCUUCUUGAACAGUGUAUGUUACUGAAUGUUUAUGUGGAGUUUGUAUUUUGUUUUUUGUUGAAUUAAUGAAACUGUAAAAAGAAAGUUGACCUGUGGAUUUUAAGAUGACGUAGGAAAAAAAAAAGAUAACAAUAAAAGAUCGCUGAUCAAACUACA